UUGGGGGAUGUGUCAGUCCAUGCAGAACCAAGCCUGGAUUGGUAAAUAUUAACUUCCCAGGCCUUCAUUUCUGUCUGACAAUAGGCUGCAUAGACCAAGAAAGAAAUCAUCUUUCACUGCAGAAAAAUCAAUCUUCAACAGCACAAUACAUAACAAAGCAAGGUUACGCAAUGGAAUUUUCAGACAAAUGAAUUAUAUACAAGGAAGUUUGUAAUGAUACAAAAUAGGAAUAAAAUUUCAGUGAAAAUAAUAGUAGAGUGUUUAUAGUUGCAUCUCAACAAUAAAAUGACCCAUUUCAAGUGAAAUGCAAUAAAUUACAAGAAUAAAAUUUUGGUUUUGAGGUAUAAAGCUGUUUUAUUUCUUGUUUUGUGCAUUGAUUAUAUAUUAUUUAAGACAUAAUUUUUGUCUGUUUUUUACAAUUUAUGUUGCAGUUGUACUUGGACAGUAUUUUCAUGUAUUUCUGAGAACUCUUCAUUCAUGUACCAACACUACAGACAUUAGGAAUGGAAUGGAUACGCGGAUAAUGGGAGAAGAAAGAAGGGAGACGGAGAUGGAAGACGUUGGGAAAAAUGAUAUGGAGAUGAAAGAAAGAGUGGGGUGGUAGGAUUACAUGCAUGGGAGAACGGACAUGUGGAGGAGAGGGGGGAAUGAUGGGAUAGAUAAAAGAGGUAAGGAGAAGUGAGACUGGAGAAAGGAGAGAAAAGAAAAGUAGAGAUGAGAAUGGAGAAGGGAAAGGAUAGGGGGCAAGAGGGUGGGGAGGGAAGAGUAGAGAGAAAGUCGUGGGAGAGGUGUGAACAGUGGAUUGGCAAUGUUGGGUAAUGAGGAAUUGGAACAGGAGGUAUAAGGAGUAGAUUGAGGGGUAAAAGUAGUCUCAGAGGGGAAGUCCACCCCUGUUUUGGAACCUUGCUGACUCUUAACUCCAGAACACUCAGAACAAGCAACGGUUGCAGUUUGAAAUGGUCUUCCUUCUAUCUGAGAAGGAUAUAAUUCUGAGAAAAUGGCAAAAAACAAGCCAUGCCUCUCAAGAGAGAGUAAAGUUACCAUCCUGAGUAGCAUUCUCUCCCAGGCCCCUCCUGGUGAGUUCAGUGAAGUCGUCAAUGAUCUGCGAACUUUACUUCAUGAUGACAACCUGAUAUGCGAGAACAUAGGGAGAAUUACUGCAAAAUAUAACCUGGAACAUUUCAUCCCUGUUUCGGUUGGAGCAGGUACAGAAAAAGUCUUAAUCACUGAACAUGGUGACUUGAGGAAUGGAUGCUUUCUGGAUCCAAAGCAGAAGGUGAUUUUUAAGUUUGACCACUUAAACAAGACUGUUUCUGACAUCAAGCCAUGCACUGUGGUAAACCCCGUAGAGAAUUGGAGGACGGCUAUUGAAAGUGCACUCACCAGCUAUGUGAAGAAGCACUAUCCAAAGGGCAAUCUUUCUGUAUAUGGGAAGAAAUGUAGGGAUCAGAAAAUAAUCACUGCCUGCAUUGAAUCUCAUAAGUUUCAACGGAAUGAGUUCUGGAAUGGCUUCUGGAAAUCUGAAUGGAAACUUGUUCACAGCGCAUCUCAAGCCGAAGUCAGUGGUAUAAUUAAGGUGAAGGCUCAUUACUUUGAGGAGGGUAGCAUUACUUUAAUCAGCAAUACGGAAGUGAAUCAGAAACUUCCAGUAAAUAAUGAAUGUGAAGGGGCUACAGAAUUUGUGAAAGCCAUUGAAAAUGCUGAUGUUGAUUUUCAGCUUGCACUGAUGGAAAACUAUCAAAAGCUGGAUUCUUUGCUCAAAGGUCUCCGACGGCAGUUGCCAUUUACACACACAACAGUUGACUGGGAUAAAAUCAUCAACGCCAAGAUCGUCAGGGAAAUGGACCUGGCACAGUCACUAUAAGACUCACAAUCUGAAUCUUUGGUGAA